CCUUGACGCACACAGACACACUCCCUCAUUAUCUUGCAUGUGAGUGAGGCUAUUUCUCUCCGUCCUGAGCAGAAACCUCUGUGCUAUUCUUACACAGCUGCAACGUUGCUCCAGCUGACGUUUUCAUAGGGAAGUGAAGGCAAACCGGGGCUUUUCUGCGUGGCGUGUCGUUCGGAGACUGACCCAUCAAGCCUAGUGGGACAUCCCAACCAUGGAGAACACUCUCACCUGUACUCCCACCACCUUUUCCCAGGUCUUCGGCCGGCAAGGACAGCUGAUGCAAGCCACUGUGCAAUCUCUGAACAGCCUGAACGACCAGAUCGCUCACUUCAUGGUGAAGAGACCCAACGCCAUGAGCCACGAAGAGGACACCUUUCUGCCCACCGAGAGAGAUACUUUGAGCCAAUCCAUGGCUCUAAUGAGACACCUGCUCAUGGAUGCACAGGGCAAAAUCCUGAAAAUGAUGGAGGACAACAAGCAGCUGGCUCAGCGGAUCGAUGGGGCCAUUCAGUCGGCCAGCCAGGAGGUGACCAACCUGCGCUCCGAGCUCUCCGCGACCAGCCGCAGACUGGCCGAGUUGGGGGCAUGCCACCCCGUCGGCCUGGAGAACAACCAACAGAACCACCAUCACCACCAUCACCACCUCCACGAGCCUUCGGUCCACCACCGGCAGAAGGUUUCUGAUCUCGCUUUCCAGACAGGCAUGUCGAGCUUGAUGGACUUCGGCACUCCAGAUUCUUCACUUGACAAGGUGUUGCUGAGGGAGGAGGUGGCUCAGUUACAGGAGGAGGUGCACCUCCUCAGACAGAUGAAGGACAUGUUGAGUAAAGACCUGGAGGACUCGCACGGCGGCUGCUCGGCCGACACGCUGUCCGCUGCCGAGCUCAAGGUGCAGUUGGGGGAGAAGGAGCAGGAGCUGGAACGUGCCAAGGAGGCCUUACAAGCUAUGAAGGGUGAUCGGAAGCGGUUGAAGGCAGAAAAGGCUGACCUGGUGAACCAGAUGCAGCAGCUCUACACCACACUGGAGAGCCGAGAAGAGCAGCUCCGAGACUUCAUUCGAAAUUAUGACCAGCACAGAAAGGAGAGCGAGGACGCGGUAAAGACCCUGGCCAAAGAGAAGGACAUGCUGGAGAGAGAGAAAUGGGACCUUCGCCGGCAGACUAAAGAGGCCACAGAACAAGCCAGUGUCCUGCGCUCCCAGAUAGACAUGAAGGAGAACAGAAUCAAAGAGCUAGAGGCAGAGCUCACCAUGGCAAAGCAGUCUCUGGCCACUCUCAAUAAAGACGUGCCAAAGCGUCACUCUGUGGCGAUGCCAUCAGAGCCGGUGGUGAACGGCAGUCAGGAGUGGGUGAUGCAAGCAGACCUUCCCCUCACUGCGGCAAUCAGACAGAGUCAACAGACCCUGUACCAUUCCCACCCCGCUGACAGGCAAGCUGCUUUGAGGAUCAGCCCCUGUCACUCCCGCCAGCCCUCCGUCAUCUCCGACGCCUCAGCUGCCGACGGCGACCGCUCAUCCACCCCGAGCGACAUCAACUCGCCCCGCCACCGGACUCACUCCCUCUGCAAUUCCAUGGAGGACCUCGAGGACCAGAAGCGUAAGAAGAAGAAGGAGAAGAUUAGUCUCGGCUCACUUUCUCGAGUGUUUGCCCGGGGAAAAUCUCAACGCAAGUCCUUGGAUCCGGGCCUGUUUGAUGGUACUUCCACCCCUGAUUACUAUAUAGAGGAGGAUGCUGACUGGUGAUAGUGCUAUGCGUGUGUGUGCGUGUGUGUGUGUGUGUGUGUGUGUGGACGUACGCCUGGAUAUGUAUGAGUUCAUAUGUGUGUGCGAGCGUGCAUAAGCGUUUGUGUGUGCCUUCAAAUGUAUUCCCCGUGAAAAAUACAGGAAAGAGGAAGAACUGCUGCCUCCUUUGAAAUGUACAUAACGACGCUUAAAAACAUCAAUGUAAAUGAAAUAUAUAUUUAUAUAUGUAUGCAUAUGUACAUAUGUUUACAUUGAUAUAAAUAUAUACAUGGGAUCAUUUGCGUGUGUAUAUGUUAAUGCUGUUAUAAUGCUUUAUUUGUGGUAAUAUGUCUCUUUUUUAUGAACUGGAAACUUGAAUUACUGCUGAGCAUUUGUAAAUAGGAACUCUUUGUGCACCUUGUGUUUGCUGAUGUCUUCAUGUGGAAUGCUUCUUUUUCAUGACUGCUUUUCCAUGAACCCAGAGCUCCAGGCUGUCUUCAUACACCAUAGCGUGAGCUCCAUCUGAAAGAUUUAAAGGUGCACUCUGUCAUUUUUCCCGUCAUGAACAUUUUGAAACGUUAACACAACAUGAUCACAUGAGAUGACAUUGAGAUCACAUGAGAUCACAUUGAGAUUACAUGACCAGCUAAUGUUAUUUAUUUGAUUUUGGUAAUCUACCUAUUAUUGGAUUCUUCACUUUACUCUCUUGGCUGACUUAAAAUAUGACGUUUCUACAUGGAAUCUCUAAGCUUAGUGCCCUUGCCACUAGGUGUCAGUAUAAGGCCCAUUCACACCGAGGACAAUAACUCUACAUGUAAAAAAAAAAGUCCACACCAACAAUAAAUUAAUGAUAAUGAUAAUUAUGUAAUUUGAAUCACUUUAAAAAAAAUAAUAAUUCAGGAGAUGAAAGAUAAGCUUCCUGUUUUAAUGAGCAUGAGCAUUUAAAGCUGCAGGCUACAGAACUGCAGCGCAUGUAUAAUGGAGUCCGUUGGUGUGGACGCUCAUAUAGUUAUUGUUAGUUUCUUUGUUGUAAUAAAUGUGAAUAUGUCUUACAGGGACCCAAUAAUGAAAAUUUGUCAUAACUUCUCACCCUCAAGUUGUUCCAACAAGUUUAUUUUUUCUGUUGAACACAAAAGAUUAUAUGCUGACAAUCAAACAGUCGACGCGGUAGCCAUUGACCUAUGAAAGUCAAUGGCUUCAUCAAGGUUUGAUUACCAUGAUUCUUUCAAACACCUUUUUUUUGUGUGAAACUGAUAGCCUACAGGUAUGAGACAACAUGAGGGUGAUUAAAUGACGACGUAAUUUUCAGUUUUGGGGUGAACUAUCCCUUUAAGUCCAAGAUGGCAGUCAGCACAAUAUUAACGGAAAAUUACCGAGUGCACUUUUAAUGUUAGGAUAUACGGAGUGAGGUGGUUUUCUAAAUGUUUGCCGUAGCUCUUUACCACAGUAAUCUAAUCGCUUAGGAACAUCUGCGGUCAAAUAUCUCUGAGAUUUUGCGGGCAAAAAAAAGGUCUAAUGUCCAUCGUCAGAAAUGUAACGAUGUAAGAAGCACAGCUCAUUCAGAAGUCACAUUCAAACCAAGCAGCUUUCUACAAAAUCUGUGUUGAGAACUUUUUAGCCCUCACAUGAAAUGACUAGAUUUUGCCCGCAAACUUUUGCAGAGAAUGGGCCGCACCUUAAUGGGGGAAUUUUUCAUGUUUACCUCAAGAGUUACACUCAGACCGCUGCCAAACCGAGAGAAUGAUCAUUUGAAAGCUAAUAUUUUAUUAUGCAUUAUGUCCUCUCGCAAGGCUGCACCAAGGAUCUUUUUAAUCUUGACAAAUGUGAAAUGAAAACCUCUUAAAAUCUGUAUUUUAUUGCCUGUAAAGACUGAAUAAAUCGUAUUUUAGGCAGUUUAGUUCCAUUAUGAUGGUAGAUUGCAUUCAGUUAUAAAGUUGCAACGCUUCAGACUGGCCUUGUCGAGCUAUUUUUGCGUAGUCUGAUGCUUCUCAGAUCACCUGCCCCUUGACAUGUAGCAUUAUUUAUUAGACUGUUUCCAUAUUUUUUUUUUUUUUUAAACUCACAUUUUAUAACCUACUAGGAAUUACGUUUGAUUUUGAAGUGAUAUUGGGAAAGUCUGUUUCCACUAUUUAAUUAAACACGGAUCUGGAAUAUUCUUAAACCAGGUGCUGACCUUACAUCAAUAAAGUGCCAAAUAGUGCAGCUUGCAGAAGAACUCAAGAAAAUACAUAGGAAUAUUUUCGUUUCUCUGCUCUAUCAAGUGUGCAAAUAGAAUCAUGCCUGUAAGAACUCACAACACACCCUGCUUCAUAACAUUCUUUUCCAUUAAUGUUGAACCCAAUGAUGUCAUCAUGACUCUUGUCUCCUGACAUAUCACAUAUUUCUUUCCGUUUCAAGCUUUCCUUUGCAUCUUGGUGGCACUGAUUUUUUUUCUUCCUUUUUUGUUUUGAUCUUUUAAAUUAAAACUGAACUUCAUUCCACAUGUCACUCUAAUGAUUUUAUGUUGUAAGGUUUGUAAAGUAGAUUGUGAGAUAUAAUAUUAAAUCUAUUAAAGAAUUUAUUUAAAGAUUAGGAAAGAGGUCAUUUCAAUGAAAGCAGACUAUCUUUGAAUUUACAGACAGACUGAUGAGAAGGUUUUAACACUCUGGAGAUUUAAAAAGAAAAAAAAAGAAAAUUAAAAGAAACUUAUUUUAAAAUAAAAACACAUAACCCAA